GCUUGAGGCUUCGUAACAGUUCAAUGUCAGGUUCCAGCUGCACUGGAAAAAUGCACAUCAACGGCGGCAUAAUUUUGAUGUUUGCAGUUACUGAGUGCAGACAGGUACAUCUCUGAGAGCCUUAAAAUGUGCUUUGGUGAACCAAUCACAAGUGAGCCCACCCACUUAGCUAGUUUUUCAUACGUCUCUGUCUCCACGGCCCAUUUGAAGUAACACCCUCCGACAACUUCUGGAUGAUAUUUCUACACCGAAUUAUUUCAGUUUCAGCAAGAGCACAGUAGGUAUGGCCGAGGGUGAAUAUCUCUCUAUGCAUGUGUGGGACAGCCAUGCCACCCGGCCUCCAGUGUCACCCCGGCUGAGCCAGGGCCGACGGCUUGCUGGGGUGGCACAGACCCUGAUGUUGGGCAUGGUUUUGUGUGGCAUGGCCAUAGAAGCCUACUUCAUCUACCGUCUCUACAAACCUGCAUCUGCCACCUCAGGAUCUAAACUCAUUGCGGGUGAAGAUGUUACCUCUCCCACUGAAAGGCCCAGUCUUGUUCCUUCCAAACCGGUUGCACAUCUGACAGAUGGAGAAGAUGUAGUUCAUGGAACUCAAAUCAUGGCAUGGAGCAUGGAUGCAGACCCUCUCCUCUAUGAAAUGGACUACAAAGACCAAAGUCUUGUCAUUCAGAAGGAGGGUUUUUACUAUGUCUAUUCCAAGGUUUCCUUCUUAGACACCAAUGUAUUUCACCACUCUGUUCAUCUGAAAAGUAAACUGUACAGUGGGAAAAGUCCUCCCCUCCUGGAAUCCAGGAAAUACUCUGGGGGGUCCAGCAACAUGCGAUCCAACAGUUACCUGGGUGGAGUGUUUCACCUCUACAAAGAUGAUGCCCUUUUUGUGAAAGUGAGCAAUGCAUCAAAAAUUUUGCGACACAAAUCUGCUGACAACGUCUUUGGUGCAUAUAUGAUAUAAAUUUCACAUUGAUGUUUCACCAUGAAUCCAAAAGUUUGGAGUACGAGUAAAUAAAAGUGGAUAAAAAAUGUUA